AUGGAUGGAUGGAUCGAGGACCAGCUCGUGCUCAAGUGUCGGAGGAGCAAAGGACGGUUCAGAGCUCAGAUGCGAGGGUGGCGUUGCCGUUUCGUCUCGUGCAGGUUGAGAUGUGCGCGGGAGGAAGAGCAGAUAUCGCGAGAGAAACUCAGCCAUCGAAGCGAGCGAGGUGCGACCACUGCAGAUGACGCCGAGAGCUCAAUGAGGAGGAGAGUCGUGGGCAAGUGUCUGGAAGUAGAGGAACUCGAUGAGACCCACUCGAGUCCGUUCGCAUGGCGCCAGAAGCGCCUGCAUCAUCAAGUGUCCCGUCCGCGAGAUGGCUGGCAUUCGACCACCGAACCGAACCCCGUUCAGGUGAGAGUGGGAGACGGUCGGCGUGAGCACGUUCGCAUCUCGAGGCACGGACGCACUAUCGCAGCGUGUGUGUCUUUUAGUACCGACAUCGACGGCGCGCAGUAA